GGUUUUAAAGGGCCGUUCGUUGUCGGCACAUCGUUGCCUGCUGUCCCCAGAACGGGGCUUCUCGGGGCCUCCGCUCAAGCCGGCAGCAAUGGCGGCGUUGGUGGAAGAGUUUGUGUCCCGGCAGAUGGAGUUGCUAAAGGAGGAAAGAGAAGCCGAAAUUUCGGAAGCAAGAGCAUGGCAAGAAGGAAUCUCCUUGAAAGAGCUGCAGCGUAGAGGAGUUUGCUUACUGAAACUUGAACUACAUUGUCAAAAAACUGGGCUAUAUGGCCAUCUGCUUGUAACUUUACAGCCUCAAAAACAUGGCUUAGAUAUGGAGUUACCUUCCAAUAAUUUUGGGCCUGGUGACAUAGUGGGACUUUAUGAAGCAGCUGGACAAAAUAAUCAGAUCUGCACAGGAAUUGUCACUCGAACAGCCUCCAAUUCAAUUACUAUCGCAGUUGAUGAGCCUCAAAGUAACCUUGUGAGCUUAGAUCAGGAGAAUUUGUACCGUCUGUUGAAACUUGCCAAUGAUGUUACAUACAACAGACUCAAAAGGGCUUUAAGUACACUUAAUCACUAUGGGUCUGGUCCAGCAUCUGAUCUUAUUGAUGUGCUGUUGUGUUCUUCUGAACCUAGUGCUGCCAGUGAUACAAAGCUUUUGAAGUUCUACAAUGAAUCCCUGGAUGCCUCUCAGAAGGAGGCGGUUUGCUUUUCAUUGGCACAGAAGGAGCUUGCUAUCAUUCAUGGACCACCUGGAACUGGCAAGACAACAACUGUAGUGGAGAUAAUACUCCAAGCUGUGGAGCAAGGCUUGAAAGUUCUCUGUUGUGCUCCCUCGAAUAUUGCAGUCGAUAACUUGGUGGAAAGGCUCUCGAAUCAUAAUCUGCGGAUCCUGCGUCUUGGUCGCCCAGCUCGUCUCCUAGAGUCCAUACAGCACCAUUCACUGGAUGCUGUCCUGUUGUGUGGAGAUAAUGCCCAGAUUGUAGCAGAUAUCAGGAAGGACAUUGAUCAAGCAUUUAUGAAAGCUAGGAAGACCCAAGACAAAGGAGAGAGAAAACAUUUUUUUAAUGAAAUUAAGAUACUGAGAAAGGAACUGAAGGAACGAGAAGAAAUGGCUAUGUCUGAAACUUUGCAAAAAGCUCAUGUUAUUCUUGCUACGAACACAGGUGCUUCUUCUGAUGGCCCGCUGAAGCUUCUUCCUGAGAACCACUUUGAUCUUGUGGUGAUUGAUGAAUGUUCGCAAGCUCUUGAAGCAAGCUGUUGGAUCCCACUGCUAAAGGUUAGGAAGUGUAUCCUGGCUGGUGAUCACAAACAGCUGCCUCCCACAAUCAUCUCUCACAAGGCUGCUGCACAAGGUCUUUCUCUUAGCUUAAUGGAACGGCUGAUUCAGAAAUGCGGGGACCGUGUUGUGAAGAUGCUCACUGUGCAGUACCGAAUGCACCAAGCCAUAAUGCAAUGGGCUUCCACUGAGAUGUAUGACGGCCAUCUCUCAGCUCACUGUUCUGUCGCACAACAUUUACUGAAAGACUUGCCAGGAGUGGCCCCCACAGAAGACACUAGUAUCCCAUUGUUGCUUAUAGAUACAGCUGGUUGUGGCUUAUUUGAACUUGAAGUGGAAGAAGAACAAUCUAGAGGAAACCCAGGUGAGGUGCAGCUUACCAGUUUGCAUAUAGAAGCUUUGAUGGAAGCUGGUGUGAAAGCCAAAGAUGUAGCUGUCAUUGCUCCUUACAAUCUUCAGGUCGACAUGCUAAGAAAACAUCUGUAUCAGAAGUAUCCACAACUGGAGAUUAAAUCAGUAGAUGGCUUCCAAGGAAGAGAAAAGGAGGCAGUUGUUUUUUCUUUUGUAAGAUCCAAUCGAAAAGGUGAAGUGGGAUUCCUCGCCGAAGACAGGAGAAUAAAUGUUGCAAUUACCCGGGCCCGACGUCAUGUGGCUGUAAUCUGUGACUCUCGAACCGUUAGCAGCCAUAGUUUUCUUAAACGACUGAUGGAGUAUAUGAACACCCAUGGAGAGGUGCGCACAGCCUUUGAAUACCUGGAUGACAUUGUACCCGGAAACUACACUCCCAAGAAUUCUCUGGGUCCCCAUAACCAGGAAAAGAGACUUAAAUGCAGCAGUGCCCCAGUCCCAAAGGCUCUUGGAGGGAAACCAAAAGGAAGACCGGCCCCAAGGCCUAGAGAGAGGCUAACAGAAUGUUCCCUGGAAAACACGGGCAAAGUCACAACAUCAGAAACCAAAGAGAAUGAAAACUCAUGUAAAUAUAAAGCAAAAAUAUUGGAGUUUCUGGACAGUGGUGAGGCCCAACUGGAUUUCCCUUCCUCUUUAAACGCUCACGAUAGAAUGCUUAUCCAUCAGUUGGCUGAAGAAUACGGGCUGCAGCACUUGAGCACCGGAGAAGGCAGCGCACGGCACAUAAGUAUUCAUAGGAGAGAUUCUCCCAGAGAAUUAUCUUUGGGAGAUACUGUGGUUUGUCAAGCUGAAUUAAUUCAGGGCUGUCCAAAAGAAAUAGAUGCAGGCAAUGAAGAGAGGGAGAGCGGUGCUGGCCCAGGGGCCACAGAUCUAAAAACAUUGCAUGCCGAACGGAUGAAAAGAGAGAGAGAUAAGAAAGAAGAGAGAGUGAAACAAAGCCGAGAAUCUAAUGUAAAUCUUCGGGAAGUAAUUGGGAAGAAAGAAAAAAACACUGGAGGAAAGGCAUCCAGAAAAUCCAAGAAGGAAAUUGCAGCCGACGAAGAUUUUGAUUCUAUGAUCUCUGCAGCAAUUAAAGCGGACAAUACAUGUGGUUUCUCCAAAUGCAAAGCCAGCGUAACAACCCUGGGACAGCUCUGCCAGCAUUGCAACAGACGCUACUGUCUCACCCACCAUAUCCCAGAGGUUCAUGGAUGUGGGGAGAAAGCCAAAGCAAAUGCCCGGCAGAGAAUCAGCAAGGAAGGGAUCCUCUAUCCUGGGAGUGGGGUGAAGGACAAGUCCUUGGAUCCUGCCAAGAGAGCUCACCUCCAGAGAUGCUUGGACCAGAAACUCAGCGAACUGUCCAAACAGCGAAAGAGCAAAAGGAAAGACAGAGAGAAAUAAGAGGAUGCCUGGCUUUGGAGAGGCAUUAAAGCCAACAAGCUAUCCUUUAAAAGCUUGUUCAACUUUGCAGGAAAAAAAAAAGCUAAUAAAAAAAAUU